AUGAUAGACGAUUCCACAAAGGCCCCUUCCCAUCCAUUUUCUGCUCCCGCUCCUGCUUCUACACCCAACACAAUAACCUUCGAACCACUGAGUACCGCCGCUCAACAAGCUGCACUCGCGAAGAAGAGCGAAAUGCGUCGAAUACCAAUCCCACCGCACCGAAUGACACCACUCAAGAACGAAUGGGUAAACAUAUUUGGUCCAUUGACUGAGGUGCUGGGUCUACAAGUGCGGAUGAACGUACAUCGGCGGUGUGUUGAAAUACGAACAUCAAAAUACACCAAAGAAGUCGGGUCGAUCCAAAAGGGUGCCGACUUCGUCAAAGCUUUUGCUCUCGGAUUCGAUGUAAAUGACUCCAUCGCACUUCUCCGAAUGGACGACCUCUACCUUGACUCCUUCGAGAUCAAAGACGUCAAAACACUCCACGGCGACCACCUCGCACGCGCAAUCGGGCGCAUCGCAGGUCACAGUGGCAAGACAAAGUUCACAAUCGAAAACGCAAGCCGUACACGAGUCAUCUUGGCCGAUACAAAAAUUCACAUCCUCGGUGCCUUCCAAAAUAUCAAAAUCGCACGAGAUGCCAUCGUCUCGCUCAUCCUCGGUUCUCCACCGGGUAAAGUGUAUGCUGGCCUCCGUACGGUCGCCAGUCGAAUGCGCCAGCGCGCCAUUUAG